AUGGUGGAAAUCUGGUGUCUUCCCAAACCGAAGGUUUGUGCGAUUAUUACGCUUCCAUUUAGUCCAGUUGAAGUCAUUGGAGUACCAAUGGGAGUCUCAACAACUUGGCGCAUUCGUAUGCCCUCAUGGUUGCCAACACCGUCUGACUUUGUCAAAGCAACUAUUGAGCCCACUGGUAAUGAUAUUCUAAAUAAAAGGCUAAUUGCUGCCACUUUUACAGGUUUAUUUUACAUAAUUUGGCUAUUUGUUGUUAUGCUUGCAUUUACCUACAAUGUCGUGGCGAUUCCAUUCCGUGAGGCCUUUGACAUUUACGAUCGGGCAGAGGAUCAAAAAUCGUGGAUGGCUUGUGACAGCGUGGCUGAUGCCAUCUACUUGGCAGACUUAAUCAUAAUAAAGCCGAGGAUACAAUUCAUUGAAGAUGGCUUUGUGGACUACCAACGAUGUGCAAGGCACUACCUGAAACAAUUGAAUUUUAAGUUGGAUGUUGCAUCGGUGCUUCCGUUCGACUUGUUGGGCCUUAUCCAUGGAAAACCGACAGCAAGAUACAGAAUUCUUCGCUUCUUAAAGUUUCCUGUUAUGCUCGAAUUUUUUGAUCGAACCGACCUGCGUGUCAGCGCCGGUUUUGCAGUCCGACUGGCCAAAACAUUUGCCUACCUAAUCUACGUUAUUCAUGUGGAAAGCUGCGGCUAUUAUGCUUUCAAUCGUUUUCACGGUCUCAAUGCCAGCGUUUGGUCGAUUGGUAACCAGAACAAUAAUCCGUACAUCUACUCAUUUUAUGUGGCUACUAAAAUGGCCACUUCGAUCGGUAAUCUGCCUCAUGCUACUAAUACUCUUGAGUUUAUCUUCAUGACCGUCUAUUGGCUGGCUGGAGCCUACAUUUCCGCCAUUCUGAUUGGUCAGGUGAUCGAUAUUUUGGACAAUAAAAGGGCGGAAAAUGAGGCCUACAAGAAGUUAAUGAAUGCAACUCUAACCUACUUAAAGCGCAUAAAAGCUCCCGAAAAGGACAUUGUUAUGGUGAGGACGUGGUUCAACUACAGCUGGAGCCAACAAAAGACUCUUGAUGAAAAUAUGCUGAUUGAUACACUUCCAUUAAAGUUGAAGAAGGAUGUACUGAUUGAUGUCCAUUAUCAAACUUUGAGCAAAGUGUCGCUGUUCAAAAACUGUGAGAGGACGAUGAUUUUUGACCUUAUAGGCAAACUCAAACCUGUAAUCUUCUUACCAGGGGCUUUAAUCUGUGAGAAGGGAGAGGUUGGAAUGGAGAUGUACAUUGUGAAGCAGGGUCUCGUUGAAGUUGUUGGCGGUCCAGACAAUUCAAUUGUCUACGUCACUCUCAAGGAGGGCAGUGUUUUUGGAGAAAUAAGUUUGUUGGCGCUAAAGGGCAAAAAUAUACGCACAGCUACAGUUCGCUCCAAGGGCUACUCGACCCUCUUUCGGUUGACCAAGUCGGAUUUUGAGGAAGCCAUGAAAAAUUACCCCACCGCCUAUAAACACCUCAAAAGAAAGGCGCAGAAAAUGCUCACAAAAGACAAGAAGAAGGAAGAGGAAGGAAAACUAAAGCCUACGGGGGUUAAAGAAUCUACAAGAGAGGAUAGAAAUGGAUCAACUGAAAGCCUUGAAAUCAUCCCAGAAUGCCGCAAACUUCCCAACAUGUUUAUGGCCGUGGAUCAGGUAGAGGCUCUAAAAGUGAUUCAAGAAUCAGCUCUAAAACAACUCUCAAUUUCAUCUUGUCUGUCUUCAGGUAAUGGGGCGAAUGAGAAAAUGCAGAAUGCAAAACGUAGAGAGUCCAGAGGUGAGACCUACACCAUGUCAUUGUUUUACUGA